UGAUUCAGUUUGCCGAGUCGUACUUGCGAAUCGAUACUUCUGACUCACUCAGAAGAGUCAUUGAUAGGAAUCGUUUCCCUCAGCACCAGUCUCUCCUAGCUUUCAUCUUUCAGGGUGUCUGUAAUAUAAACAUGAACCGGCUUUUCGGUAGAAGCAAGCACCAGGCGCCUCCCAGCCUUUCGGACUGUAUCGGAAAUAUCGAUGCACGAGCCGAGGUGAUGGAGAAGAAGAUAGCGAGGAUCGAUGCGGAGCUCCUCAAGUACAAGGACCAGAUGAAAAAGACGAGGGACGGCCCGGCCAAGAAUGCAGUGAAACAGAAGGCAAUGAGAGUGCUCAAGCAGAAGAGGCUAUAUGAAAGCCAAAGAGAUCAGCUUGCCCAGCAGUCCUUUAACAUGGAACAGGCCAACUACACCAUUCAGUCCUUAAAGGACACCAAAACAACAGUUGAAGCUAUGAAGAUUGGAGCAAAAGAAAUGAAAAAAUCCUAUAAGCAAGUGAAGAUGGAUCAAAUUGAAGACUUACAGGACCAGCUUGAGGACAUGAUGGAGGAAGCCAGUGAAGUGCAGGAGGCUCUGAGUCGCAGCUAUGGUACACCAGACAUCGAUGAGGAUGAACUAGAAGCCGAACUGGAUGCCCUCGGAGAUGAGUUACUGUUUGACGACGACAGCUCCUAUCUGGACGAAGCCUCGUCUGCACCCUCCAUCCCAGAGGGCGUGCCCAGUGACAGCAAAACAAACAAGGAUGGCGUUCUGGUCGACGAGUUUGGAUUGCCGCAGAUUCCAGCCACCUAGACUGAGAUGAACACUGCAGGAUCUUGUUUCAUGACUGAAGAUCAUUUCGGUAUUUUUGGACAUGUGGCAUUCAGGUGUGAUUUGACAAGGGAAUGCUUACCUAAUGAGUUAAUGAAGCUUUUGCUAAUCAAGCACGUGGCCUUGUAAUUCUCUGUUUCCAUUAAUAUAUUGUUUACCAGUCUAUAUUUUUGCACAUUAAACAAAUCUAGUAAAUGAUAACCGGUAGCAGCGGCAGCGGAUAGAUCACAUAUGUUAUGACAUCCGAUCAUUAAUGAAUAAAGCACAAAAAUGUCCAAAUGAACAGAUUAUGUUGUUUACGUGCUUGUUUAUUCAUGAUAUCAGUGUUCAGACAUGGGUAUUGGACAAAUUUCUGGGCUCUGUGGACACUUUUUCCUAUCUCUUCCAAAUGCAGACUUUCUAAUCCAGGGCUCAUGAGGGUCCCUUAUCGAGCGGUCUUGGGUUGUCAGUUUCACUAUUUCAUUCAGCUGUCACAAGAUGAGAUGUUGAUUUCUUUACUGAUUUCGAUCAAUAUCCCUGCGUUUAUUUAAAAUAAAAUCCACAGACUAAGCGUUACAAAUAUAAGCUUCAGACUUUACAUAAACACAACUGUUUGCCCAGUUUAUCUAUCUAUCUAUAUAUAAUAAUAAUAAUAAUAAUAUUACUAUAAUAGUUUUGAAGGGUGGAUAGUGAUGCAGCACGUAGUGUUGCCACCUCAGGGCUCAAGGGUUCCUGGUUCGAUCCAGGUUUGUCCAGUUUCCUCCAGGUUUCUCCAGUUUCUUUCCACCUCCGAAAAAAGAUGCGAGUAGGGUGCAGACCAAAUUGCCCCUAGGUGUGAAUGUGUGUGUGUGUGUGUGUGUGGUGCCCUGUGGUACACUGUCCUCCCAUCCAGGGUGUAUUCCUCAUGCUCAAUGUUGCUGGGAUAGGCUCUGGAUCCACUGCUACCCUGACCAGGAUGAAGCGGUUACUGAAGAUGAAUGAAAAUGUAUAGAGUCUAAAUGAAUACUGGUGGAUCAGUGCGUAGCAUCGCCACCGCACAGCUCCAGGAUCCCCGGUUCAUUCCUGAGCUGCGUUACCGUCUCAGUGGAGGUUUUCAUGGGUUUCCUCUGGGUUGUCUGAUUUCCUCCCACCUCCCAAAAACAUUCCAGUAGAUGAAUUGUCUACUCUAAAUUGCCCCUAGAUGUGAAUGUGUAUGUUCCUCCUGCCCAGUGUUUCCGGCAAUAAGCUGUGACCCUGACCAGGAUAAAUAAUUAUUUAUUUAUUUAUUUUUUAAAUGUAUAGGUUU